AUGGCAUCCACCAGCAUUCAAACUGUCCCAUCCUCUAUUACCUCUGAUUUUUCUAAACCCCAACCGAAAUAUGACGUUUUCCUCAGUUUUAGAGGAGAAGACACCCGUUGUACGUUUACCGACCAUCUAUAUCGUGCUUUGGAAUAUAAAAGGAUUAUUACCUUCAGGGACGAUAAAGAAGUUGAGAUGGGAAAGCCCAUUUCGCUGGAACUCUUGGAAGCAAUCGAGAAAUCGACGGUUGCGGUCAUCAUUUUCUCUAAAAAUUAUGCAUCUUCCACAUGGUGUUUGGAAGAACUUGCAAAGAUUGUUGAAUGCAGGGAUAGAGGGAUAAUAUUGACAGUGUUGCCCAUUUUCUACUAUGUGGAACCUACUGACGUGCGACAUCAGAAGAACACUUUUGCAGAGGCCUUUGCAAAACAUGAAAAGCGUUUCGAGGAGGACCCAACAAAGGUGCAGAAGUGGAAAACUGCUUUAACAAAUGUGGCCAGUCUCUCUGGAAGGCAUUUGAAGGAUGGGGUGCAUGAGGCAAACUUUAUCCAAAACAUUGUUGAAUGGAUAGAUUUGAAAUUGGAUGAGAAACGUUCAAAUGAUACUGAAGAUGGUCUUGUGGGAAUAAGCUCUCGUGUUGAGGAAAUGAUUUCAUAUUUAGAUCUGGAAUCAACUGAUGUUCGCUUUAUUGGAAUAUGUGAGAAGAGUGGUAUGGGCAAGACAACUCUUGCACAAGCUGUUUUUGAUAAGAUUCUUAAAAAAUUUGAAGCUUCUAGUUUUCUCGAAAAUGUUAGAGAGGAAUCUGAAGCACAUGGUUUAAAGACUUUACAAGAACGACUCCUUUGUGAUAUAGGAAAAGGGGGAUUAAGGGUAAAGGAUGUGCAUAAGGGAAUGCAAGUUAUCAGCGAUAUACUGCAUAACAAAAAGGUUCUUAUUGUUGUUGAUGAUGUGAGUGAAAGAAGUCAAUUAGAAACAUUAGUAGGGAAGCGUGAUUUGUUGGGCAAAGGAAGUAGAAUCAUUGUAACUACUGAAAACAGAGUGGGGGAAAAAUUGUGGAUGCAUAAUUUAUUACAACAAAUGGGUUGGGAAAUUGUUAGUGAGGCAUCAGAUGAAGCUGGAGAACGUAGUAGGUUGUGGCAUUAUGAUGACGUCCUUGAUGUAUUAAAGAACAAUACUGGAACAAAACAUAUAGAAGGCAUGCUAUUAAGAUUGCCUCCAGAUGAUGAAGAAGAAUUGAAUGCUGAAUCAUUCUCAAAGAUGAAUAAACUAAGAUUGCUCAAAAUUUGUAAGGUGCGCCUUUCUUGCCUUAGUUAUCUUUCUAAUGAGUUAUGUUGGUUGGAAUGGCAUGAUUAUCCUUUGGAAUCAUUGCCUAAUAGUUUUCAGCCUGGCGAACUUGUUGAGCUCAUUAUGCAUCGCAGUUGUCUUCAGCAACUUCCAAGUGAAUUUAGUAAGUUGGGAAAGUUAAAGCUCAUUGACUUGAGUGACUCCCAAAACUUAACCCGAACUCCUGACUUCACUGGAUUCUCAAAUAUUGAGAGGCUGAAUUUCCAAGGUUGUACAAGAUUGCAUGAGUUGCACCCUUCUGUUGGAGGUCUUAAAAGACUUAUUCUUUUAAAUCUAAAAGAUUGUAAAUAUCUUAAGAAACUUCCAUAUGAUGAGCUCAAUUUGGAAUCUCUUAAGACUUUAAUUCUAUCUGGCUGUUCAAGAUUUAAGAAAUUUCCCCGUAUUGGGAGAAACAUGAGAAGCUUGUUGGAGCUUUAUUUGGAUGGGACUGCCAUUGAAGAACUACCACCAACAAUUAGGCGUCUAACUGGCCUGACCUUAUUGAAUCUUCAAGACUGCAAAAACCUUAAGAGUUUUCCGAGUGACAUUCAUAGUUUGACAUCUCUUGAAAUUCUCACUCUAUCAGGAUGUAAGUGUCAACCACCAAAAGCAGGGCAUUUGCUUGGGCUCUCUCCUAUUGGAUCCUCAAUUGGUGCCUCCCCCACUUUUCCGCGACUAAUUUUAUUUCCUUUUCUAUCUUUCCUGGCAUGGCGAUACACCUAUCUCAGAAUUCCUAUAUUUGCUACAAUUGCUUUGUCAAUAUAUUGUUUCCACAAUGCCCAGCAUCCUGAACCAGAGCCCAUCAACCUGUUGUUGUCUAAUUCGUUCUCAGAAUUAAGCACUUUGGUAACUCUAAGUCUAAGUGACUGCAAUCUGUUGGCACUCCCUGAUGACCCUAGCUGCUUGUUGUCAAUAGAGUAUUUGAAUUUGAGCAAAAAUAAUUUUACAUGCUUGCCCGAUUACACUUCUCGACUUUCAAAGCUCAAAAUUCUUUUCUUGGAUCAUUGUAGCAAGCUUAAAUCAUUGCCAUAUGUUCCAUUAAGUACAAGGUUAGUUUCAGUACAAGGAUGUACUGCGCUUGAAAAUUAUUCAAAUCAAGUUGUUGUAUGGACUUUGGGUGAAGCAGGAUUCACUAUUAUUACUUGCCUUGGCUGGCCGAGGAUGAAGAUGGCACAAUUGCUGAGGUUUCUUUGCUAG